CACUCAUUGCAGUGUACAUUGCUAUACCAUAUCCUUCCACUACUCAUGUACAUAUAUAGUCCAUCAACAUCAUCAGGAUCGCGACCAGGACAGUCCACAAUAAUACUCCAUCAACUUCGACUUCAACCAACCAACUCCACUCAUCAAUUCAAUCAACCACCCAACCGUCUCCACAACUCAAACACCCUUUCAAAAUCACAUUCUAAAAUCCAAAAUCCAACAGCAACCAUGUGCCAUAUCCUUCAACAGACCUACAGGUGCGGACACACCGCCCAGAUCUGCAUCACACCCUGCACAGAUGCUCUCUCCAAAUCAACCGUCCCCUCUUCACCAACAACCCCGAAAGCCCCAUCCCCAUCCGUCCAGUCUUUCCCCUUCAUCCCCUCCACCCCAACACGCCCUGCCUCCCCAACAACCACCCAAAUCGAGGAACUCGCGUCCUACAGCGCCCACCUCGCCCGCCGCGCCGCCUACGUCGCCAUGCGAGACAUCCGCAACGGGCCCGGCGCUGCACCCACCCCAUCCUCCCGUCACUCCGACCUCCGCCAACUCCCAAUGUACGACCCGAACGUCACCUACUGCGACUUCGAACCGCAACUCACAACCUCCAGCACCACGCCCUCCCCCCACAAAUGCCGCCGCUGCUUCUCCCCGACCUCCUACCCCUCCAAGUCACCCCCCUACCCCCUGAACGUAAUUCACGCCGACAUCACCUCCACCGCCGCCGAAGAGCGCGCCGAAGCCUCCCGCGCCGCCGCCGAAGCCCUCUGGGGAUGCCUCCGCUCCCCGUACGACCCCGAGGAGGAGGGCUGGGACCUCUCGCAGCACCCCCCGUCCUCACGGUACUCCUACCCCGUCGACAAUUUCAAGCAAGUCUCACGCCAAAUGCAAGACGACGACGAGAAGGAGGAGGAGGAGCAGGACUGGUACUACGACGGCGUACUGGCGUGCGACGGGCGGUAUUAUUUCAAAGACGACGAGACGGAGCGGACGUUCUUUUACGACGGGGAGGGGGAGAGGGUUUGGAGGGAGUUUCCGGGGGUAAAGACGUACGAGGCGGUUAAGGAGGAUGAGGCGGAGGAGAGGAGGGCGUGGGAGGCGUGGGUUAAUGCUGAUGAGGAGUGGUAGGCGUAGGUUGGAGGCGUUGGUGUGUGAGAAGCGUUUGUAGACUGGCUGGUCUGGAUGGAUGUGUAGAGACUGGGAUUUUAAAUCGUAUGUAAAAUUGUAUAUAUGGGUCGUUUUGAGAAAGGAGGUUGUUGGGUUGGGAAAUAUGAUACGGUGUCUGUA